AUGCCCAUUGAACCAGCUGGGAUUGAAACGAGUGUUGUGGACUCGGGGUCUCUCUUACAGUCAGUCAUAGAUGAGAUCAUCCAACUUCCAACGAACGUUCCAUCACUUUUUAUGGAUUUGGAAGGGAUACAGCUUGGCCGGCAUGGUUCAUUAUCUAUCAUGUCGCUUUAUUUGGCCCCCAAGAAGCGGGUAUACCUCAUCGAUAUUCAUAAACUAGGAACUGAAGCAAUUUCUACCGUCAACAGCAAGGGGAAAUCUCUCAAAUUCAUACUGGAAUCUUCAGUCAUUUUGAAAGUACUAUUUGAUGUUCGACAUGAUUCGGAUGCAUUGUUCAGCCACUACGGGAUUGCCCUUGACGGUAUCAGGGAUAUUCAACUAAUGGAAAUCGGAACAAGAAAGGGCCCGAAAGAUUUCCUAGCUGGGCUAAGCAAAUGCGUUGAGAAAGACAGUACGAUUUCUGCAGCGGAGAAACAGGCAUGGGAGCUUACCAAAAGCACUACUCGACGACUCUUUGAUCCUGCUUUUGGAGGACGAUAUGAUAUAUUCAAUGAGCGUCCUAUUCAGCCAAUGAUUGUGAAAUACUGCGCAGGAGAUGUCACGCUAUUGCCAGAUCUUUUUAAUGCAUAUAAUGCUAAGUUAUGUCAACCUGGCAAUAAAUUUUGGGAACUUCAUGUUUUGGAAGCUACUCAAGAGCGGAUCAAGCUUUCACAAAGCCCAAGUUUUGAUGGGACAUCGAAUACCAAUGCCCGCGGAACCUGGGACAAAGAGUCUCUCGAAGAAGCCCUUAAUCAAUGGAAUGAUGAUAUUCUGGAUAAUGCAUUUGAGGAUGAUAUCCUGGAUGAAAUGCUUUGGGCGGAUGUUUUCGAUGGACCUGAGGAAUUUGAUGAUUGGGAGGAUGAUGGUCCGACCAGCUGCAGGGAUAUCAUCAACAAUUGCGACUACGAUUACUACUAUUCAGACUAG